AUGCGGCCGUCACUCAUCAGAUUGGCCUCGGCCUCGAUCCCCAAGGGCCUGGGGAACACACCGAUGGCCCUUCUUCCGCCCAUCCCGCUGUACAGACGUCUCCUCCGCGCACACCGAAAGUACCUGCCGACGGAGAUGAGGCUGCUGGGCGAUGAGUACAUCAAGGCUGAGUUCCGCGCGCACCGCACCGUGGACAACCCAGCACAUCUGACCGCAUCUGCGCAUGUCCGCGAAGUACCCAGGACGAAGAUUUUCAGACAAGCUAACGCACCGUUCCAGAUCGGCUUCCUCACAGAAUGGCAACUGUAUGCUCAGAAGGUGGAGGGAGACCAGUGGAAGGGCGACAAGAUCGACCCUGUUAAGAUCGCCAAGAUGAGCGAUGAGCAAAUUGGUCAGCUUUAUGAGCUGAUGCAGGCAAUCAAGGACCGCAGCAAGCAGCAGGGCGAUGGCGAGGAGUCAUAG